CUGCACUGUACUACACACUGUAUCUCUGUGUGUGAGAGAAGUUGACUCAACAACACUGCGCGUCUGCUGCCCACGCUGGAUGGGACGGUGCGACUGUGAUUGAUUAAGGUGUUUUUCGUCCGCCUUCUGUGGGAGAGGAGCGGGGGGAUCCGCAGGGGCGCCACGGAUCGUGUCAGUGCGUGACGAGCGGGGGGGAUCCUCCACGGAGCCCACGAUGCGGGGAUCGGGAGCCCUUCUGUGCGCUCUGUCCGCGCUCUGCGUGUCGGUCGGGGCCGAGCUGAAAGCGCGGAGCUGCGGGGACGUCCGGCAAGCCUACACGUCCAAAGGCUUCAGCCUGGUCAACGUGCCCCACCAGGAGAUCUCAGGUGAGCACCUGCGCAUCUGUCCGCAGGGGUACACCUGCUGCACCUCAGAGAUGGAGGAGAAGCUCAACCAGCAGAGCAAGCUGGAGUUCGAGAACCUGUUGGAUGAGACCAGCCACUCACUCCGGACCACCUUUGUGUCCCGCCACAAGAAGUUUGACGAAUUCUUCCUGGAGCUGCUGGAGAACACGGAGAAGUCGCUGAACGACAUGUUCGUGCGGACAUAUGGAAAGCUGUACAUGCAGAAUGCAGAUGUCUUCCAGGACCUCUUUGCUGAGCUCAAGCGCUACUACACGGGUGGCAAUGUCAACUUGGAGGAGACUCUUAACGACUUCUGGGUCCAGCUCCUGGAGCGCAUGUUCAAGCUUCUCAACUCACAGUACCAUUUCUCUGAUGACUAUCUGGAGUGUGUCAGCAAGUACACGGACCAACUGAAGCCUUUUGGAGAUGUUCCCAGGAAGUUGAAGGCCCAGGUGACGCGAGCGUUCAUAGCCGCUCGUACCUUCGUCCAGGGACUCAUGGUGGGCCGUGAGGUGGCCAACAGGGUUUCCAAGGUGAGCGUGACACCGGCUUGUGCCCGUGCACUCACCAAGCUGCUCUAUUGCCCCUACUGCCGGGCCCUGCCAUCGUUGAAACCCUGCGUGAACUACUGCCUGAACGUCAUGAAGGGCUGUCUGGCCAAUCAAGCCGACCUAGACCCCGAGUGGAACCUCUUCAUCGACGCCAUGCUGCAGGUGGCAGAGAAGCUAGAAGGUCCCUUCAGUAUUGAGUCUGUCAUGGAGCCAAUCGAUGUGAAGAUCUCAGAGGCCAUCAUGAACAUGCAGGACAACAGUGUUCAAGUCUCAUCCAAGGUUUUUCAAGGAUGUGGGCAGCCCAAGCCCUCAGGAAUGGUUCGCUCGGCCCGGGGCAUCUCGGACGUGUUCAACGCCCGCUUCCGGCCAUACAGUCCAGAGGAGCAGCCCACCACAGCAGCCGGAUCUAGCCUGGAUAGACUGGUGGUGGACAUAAAAGAGAAAUUGAAGCAAUCCAAGAAGUUCUGGUCCACUCUGCCUGAUGGCAUCUGCAAACAGGACAAAGUGACUGCUGGAGAAGCCAAUGAAGAGCAGUGCUGGAAUGGACAUUCCCAGGGAAGGUAUUUUCCUGAGGUUCUGAAGGAUGGUCUGACCAACCAGCUGAACAAUCCAGAGGUAGAGGUAGACAUCACCCGACCAGACACCUUCAUCCGGCAGCAAAUCAUGGCUUUGCGAGUGAUGACCAACAAGCUGAAGAAUGCCUACAAUGGCAAUGACAUCUUCUUCCAAGACUCCAGUGACGAGGGCAGCGGCUCAGGCAGUGGCAGUGGAUGCACGGAGGCCUGCGUCACCGAGUUUGACUUUGUCAGCACGGAGGCCCCGGUGGCGGGUGCGGACAGGAGCGACGAGCGAGCCUCGGCCGCCCACGCCGGCCCCUCCCCGUCCUCGGCCCUGGCCAUCGUUCUUGUGCUCACGGCACUGAUGCUGCAGCGGCUAUGGAGAUAAUGGUAGCGGAGGUGGGGGGAGGGGGCGCUUGUUCGGGAAAAGCGGGGUUUUUACUUCUGUUUUUUCGUGCUGUGACAUUUAUAACCCGACGGGACCUCGGCCUCAACAGCCCAACCGGACACGUUUGUCCAGGAGAGAGCAGCACAGCACCCGGCUUUUCCUCUUUCCAAAGAAUGCAUGGUGCCGCCACGAAGCAGCUUCUACAACCCAAACUGCUUUCUCCUUCUCCCAGUAGAGCGUGCAGAUGUUCUCCGUGGAGAACUCGCUGGUUGAGACACUCUUUCAAAGGAAAAAUAUCUAUUUUUUUUUUUCUUUUAUACAGAAAACUGACAAGCUCUUAAGAAUAUAAAAAUGAAAGGCCAAGUAGCCUGUUUCUGUCCCUCCCAGUUCUGACACUAAAACAAAAAAAAAAACUGAUGACAAAAAAAAAAAAAAAA